AAAGUAAUACAUAAUAAACAGCCUUAAUCUUUUUGGACCAAUGAGAGAUUAUAAUAAUAAUAGAAAAAAAAAAAAGACGCAGUAUAGGAAAUAUAAUAAUGUCAAAUAUAAUAAGUAUAGAAAAAAUAAAUUCUAAUUCGUUUAAAAUAUUGGUAAAAACAAAUAAGCAAACCUUGUUAUUUGACAAUUUGAAAAAGUGAGUAACAAAAAUUAUAACAACAUUCAUUAGAAACAAAUAUGAUUGAGGGAACACGAAUUUUUGCAACUAAUGGAUCACAAAGUAUAAUUAGAAAUCGUUUAAAUUCGGCGGAAAAAAGUUAUAUGCUUUUAAAAAAAAAAUCUGAUACUUUAUUGAUUCAAUUUAAAGAGGUAUUAUUUGAAUUAUUCGAAAAGAAGUCUUCACUAACAGAGGUUAUGGGGGAAGCUUCUUUUUCUUUAGCCGAAGUUAAUUAUAUAACUGGUAAUAUAAAUCAUUUAAUAUUGGAAUCAGUAAAUAAAGCUACAAUUAAAACAUUAAAACGAAAAGAAAUUAUCAUGGGUGUUAAUAUUGAAACUUAUGAAUAUUAUGAGGAAGGUUUAGAUCCUUUUCUUUAUACUGGUUUAGCUAGAGGAAGACAACAGGUGAUGAAGGUGAAAAAUAAUUAUCGAAAAGCACUAAAGCUUUUAAUUAAAUUAGCAUCCUUACAAUCUAGUUUUAUAAUAUUGGAGGAACAUUUAAAAGCGACCAAUUGUCGUGUUAAUGCACUUCGUUACAUUAUAAUACCACGAUUACAUUCUAUUUUAACAUAUAUCGUCUCCGAAUUAGAUGAACGUGAGAGAGAGGAAAUUUAUAGAUUAAAAAAAGCACGAACUCGUAAGAACAUGAUGCCAAAAAUAAUAAGAAAAUUAUCACCGAUCCAAUAUAUAAACGUAGUAAUAGAUGACACUGAUCAAGAUUUACUUUUCUAAACAUUACUUUUCUUAACAACGAGACUCCACUUUCACUUAAACGUUUAAUAUAAAAAACAUAUUUACCGAAUCGAAUAAUGAAUCUUGAAGAGAAGGAAUAUAAAAACGAUAACGAAAACGAUCGAUCAAAAUAGAUCUACAUAUUGAAGAAUCCAUAUUGCAACAGUACCUUGCAUUCUUACCUUCUUCGUAAACGUUAAAUAUA